UUGCACAUAGGUUUCCAGAAACAAUUUUUCCUGUAAGGCAUAAAUCAGUCGAUGGUGGCAAUGUCACCGGCCCCACUGCCACUGGUGGCCCACCCGAGCGAAGCUCGCUGCAAUCCAGUCUCACUUUCGAUGCGAAACACACAUGGGAAACGCUUCCCGUAAGAAGAAACGCGAAUUGAGCUUCAUCGAAGAUACUUCGGAAGAUGAUCUUACACGCAUCCAGGCGUUAGUGGAACAGGGCGCAUAUUUCGAUAAGAGAGAUGCCCUGAGGUCGGCGGCACGUGAUGGCCAUCUAGCAGUGGUGCAGUAUCUUGCUGAAGAUUGUGGCGUUGACGUGAACGCCACGGACAGUAAUGGGGAUACAGCAUUGAUGGAGGCUGCUUCAUCCGGAAAGGUAGAAGUCGUACGCUAUCUAGCGAACCAAUGCCAUGCGGAUGUGAACGUCAAGAAUUGGGAUGGAGAGACAGCAUUUACAAGGACUGGCAGCAUUGAAGUCGUUCGAUAUCUCGCUGAAGAAUGCGGCGUGGAUGUGAGCGCGACGGAAGAGAAUGCGAAAGCCGCACUAAUGAACGCCAGUUUCAGAGGCAACAUUGAAAUCGUCCGGUAUCUAAUUGAAGAGUGCGGUGCCGACGCCCAUGCUACUGACGAAUCUGGUAGGACAGCACUGAUACAAGCUUGUUGUCUAGGGAAGAUUAGAGUCGUGAAGUAUCUAAUCGAAAAGUGUGGGGUCAACGUUAACGCUCAGGACAGCUUUGGACAUACAGCAGUGAUGAAGGCCGCUGGAUCAGGAGCAAUUGACGUCGUCAGGUAUCUUGCUGAAAAAUGUGGCGCAGAUAUGAACUCUAGGAACACGACCGGAUAUACGGCGCUAAUGGAGGCCGCUAUGAAUGAGAAGACUGAUAUCGUUCGGUAUCUAGUUGAACAAUGGGGCGCGGAUGCUAACGCUCGAAGCAAUGCUGGAGAAACAGCGCUAAUGCGUGCCAUUACAUUUGACAGAAUAGCAGUCGUUCGCUAUCUCGUUAAACAAUGCGGUGCAGACGUGAACGCACCGGACGGUUGGGGGUGGACAGCUUUGAUGAAUGCUGCUAGAUUUGAUCGCAUUGACAUUGUCCAAUAUCUUUGCAGAGAAGGCGCAAACGUGAACCUCACAGAUAGUUUAAGGUACUCGGCACUGCUGCGUGCUAUUGAAGGUGGCAACAUAAAGGUCAUCCGCUAUCUCGUUGAGCGGUAUGGUGCAGACGUGAACAUCGCCAAUUGCUUCGGUGAUACUGCGCUGGUGGUUGCUGCAAAAUGCGGCAACAUUGAUGCUGUACGGUAUUUCGUUGAAGACGUCGGAGUGAAUAUGAAACCUACCAGUAAGGAUGAAUGCACAGCGGUGUUUUUGCGUGCCGCUCGCUAUAGACACAAAGAUGUUGUCCAGUAUCUCGUUGAACAGCUUGGUGUGGAUGUGAACGCCACGGAUGAUGACGGAGACACAGCACUAUUGAUGGCCACGAAAUGGGACGAUGUUGGGACUGUCCGAUACCUCGUAGAACAAUGCGGCGCGGAUGUUCAUGCCACGUGUAAGGAUGGCUAUACUGCUCUCCGUAUUGCUACUGAUCGUGGCUAUCACCAAAUUGUGCGGAUACUUACGCCGUAUGUCCAGCAGAGUCUCCGGGUUGACACACACACUUCUGGGGAAAAUACGGUGAUCAGCCCCCUGGUUCCGUUUAUUCGCCCCUAUGAGAUCGAGUUAACCUUCUUCAGCCAUGACGGUAACAUCGGAGGUGACUUCCGUGCCAAGUGGCUGGAUGCAAAUGUAGUUGUGAAGUUGUUCAUUCCAGACUCGUCUCACUCUGCAUUCGAGGAUGAAGUCCGACUGUGGCAGCAGUUGCGGCAUCCAAACGUGAUCAAAAUGUAUGGAGCAUGUACCGUAGGUCCAAAUCUGCAGUUCUUUGUGUGUGAGUAUGCUACUCAGGGAUCACUUAGUGAACCUACAAACGCCUGCAAACAAAUGGCGUGGAUGAAAAGUAAUGGUUAUCAACCAGCUCGAAUUAAGAGGCCGUGGAUGUGGAAAUGGUUACACGAGGCAGCGUUAGGGCUCGAGUAUCUUCAUGAGCGGAGAAUUAUUUACGGAGAUCUUCGCUGCAGUAACAUUCUGGUGGGCAACGAUGGUAUGGCGAAACUAUCAAACUUUGGAUUAAGUAAUUCGAUAAAAGAGGUGUCCUCGCGAACGAUGGGGGCAAUACGAUGGCAAGCUCCUGAGGUUUUGAAAGGAGAAGCACCGUCACAGCAAUCGGACGUGUAUUCUCUGGGAAUGUGCAUUCUCGAAGCUGCAACUGGGAAAAGGCCAUGGUACACGAUGCCGGAAUAUCACAUCAGAACGACCAAAUUGGACUGGAUACCGGAGACGACUGAAGGUCGGGAACCUGGCGAUCUAGAAGGAGAUGUCCGUGCCUUAGUAUGGAGCAUGUGCAGCCAGGAUCCUAGUCAGCGUCUUAAGCUCUCCUCUGUGCGCUACGAACUCGAACAGCUAUCGAAGAUAGAUAACACAAAUUUAUCCCAAGCUGAACAGGACCACACAAGCUCUUAUGGUGAGUAUCGUGGCGGCGCGAUGAAUGAAUUAUGGAUGAAGGUUUUAGUGCUCAUGGAAAAAUGCGACCACAUUCAGUAUCAUCAAGAUUUCGACAAGUUAAAGAAACUACGCGAACUUCUGCGGGGUUCAACGCACAACUCAAUGCUCUUCAGACGAUUCGAAACGCUUCUUAUUCAGUUUUAUCAGAUGGUGAAGAUAUCGCCUGAGCAAGCCCGAAUCAUGCGGCUCUCUUCGACGCGUGCAACCAGCAACAGCGAGUACGCUUUUCAAUGGCGUGUUAAGUCGCUGAUGGCAUCCUUGGGAGGGACGGUAGAAACAGUGGAGACGAAAGAAAAGCGCUGCCCGGACCAGCGAUACGAACAAAGGGAAGGCUUCAUUUCUUGUAUAUCCGACACCUUCCUUCUGCUGAAAGAUUUGAAGACCUCGGAAGAAAGGGCGUUCUUUCUGAGGAAUCUGAAAACAGAGCUUGAAGAUCAUCAGGGUGAGUACACGGUCGACCAACGCGCUGUAAUGGAUAAGGUAUACAAGGAACUUACUAGUAAGCUGCAGAAAGAAGGAGGUUCGGACCUCGUACCGAGAUGGUUUGUUCCUUGGUACGAGCUGGUUAUUGACGAGUGGGGAAAGUUGGGUGAGGGUGGUUUUGGAAGUGUGUUCCGAGCCAAGUGGCUGGACUCGGAAGUGGUGGUUAAACGUGUGAUUUUAGACGGUUCGGAUGUCAGCUUCGACACCGAACGUUCCAUAUCAACUUCGUAUGCAUCUGCAGAUCCGUCAACAUCAGAGGCUGCAAUAAACUCGACCAAGAGAGCAGAAGCACUGGAGAUGUUCCGACGCGAAGUCGACAUCUGGUUUGGAUUUAGCCAUCCUCAUGUUAUUCAGCUUUUUGGUGCUUGUCAUGUUGGCAGACCCUUCUUCGUUUGUGAAUAUGCCACUAACGGGACUUUGGUGAGUUAUCUACGAAAGCACCCCGACCAACUAUGGACGAAGUUGUACGAGGCUGCGUUAGGCGUUCAGUACCUCCACGCACGCGGAGUCGUUCACGGCGAUCUGAAAGGGAACAACAUCGUGAUUGGGAGCGACCUCAAAGCGAAGGUGACAGAUUUCGGACUGAGUUCAUUCGAAGCCAGUGAUGUCCAGCCGUUGGUGUCGGCGGCGUGGCAUUGGGUGGCCCCUGAAUGCUUUCCUGGUACGAAGGCAGGGGGUAAGGAGCAUAUUCAAGGUAGACCAGCGUUUGCGUCAGAUGUGUACUCUCUUGGAAUGUGCAUUGUAGAGGCGUUACGUGUAGUGGAGGCAUCGAAAUCUGGAAAAGGAUCGCAAUCGUGCUUGCCGUGGACAAGUCCAGACCUCAUCGCAGUGAAGCAUCAUGCGUCGCAGGGAGAAUUACCAUCUCCACCUGCGAUGUGCGAGGAUACGCAGUGGGAGUUGAUUAAGCGAAUGUGUGUGUUGGAGCCGACUCAGCGAAUUAAGAUUUCAACUGUGGUCGAUGAGCUGGUGAAGUUUGUGAAUAUCAACAUUGACAACCAAGAGAGUGAUACAAAGAUAUCAGUUGUGGUCGAUCAGCAGGCGAUGCUCGCGAAUGUCAACAAUGGCAACAAAGAGAGUGAUAUCUCCACGAAAGUGUCUACAAUGCAGAAAUUGAAAUUAGCACUUAAGUCGGCUAUGUGCUCCCACUCUUGUGCUACUGAGGAAACCCACGUUUCAACAGAGCCAAACUCUAUCCCCAGCGUUAUUUCAAAUGCGCAAACGGUUUUGACAUCCCUGCAGACGGGUGUGAAUCAGAACAGUGAUGUUCUCUUGCUGUAUACUUCGCUGUGGAAGAGUCUGGAGAUGGUGCAAGGAGAGAUUGAUGAAAAUCAUAGCGACGAGUGCCGUGUUGCUUUCGGCUCACUCGUUACCGAUGCUAGUACUUUCACGAUGAAGUUGCAAAACGCUGGUGACAGACUGAUCUCAGUAGCAGAAACGACAAUGCGGUACUACGCAUUAGAUCGCCGGUUGGACAAACUGUGCGAAGCAUAUUUCAUUGUUCGACAAGACAAGUCAUAAGAAAUCUAUGAAGAUCUACCUACGCGCAGGACGGUGGGAGUCAUCCAUUGCCAAAACGAGGGAUACUUGUACACAUGUACAUUUCUUUGAGCACGACCGAGUUGACAAUUAAUCAAUUCUUAAUGCCUAACUAUUAAAUCAAAGGGUAUUCGUUAGAUUUCAGCGCGAAGCUGUAAAAAAAAAGGUAAGAAUCUAAGUGCUGUGCUGCUAUCUCAGAAAAAAUCUGUCUUGAUAGAUAAAAAGCAUUUUGCACAAACUACGGCACUUUAUCA